AUGGCAAUUGUGCAGAAUUGGCUGCCGCCGUCGCGCGAGAAUUGGGAGCUUGUAUACACUGUUUUUCAGUACUUUCCUCUUGUAAGCUUUCGCGCCCCUCGCUCUCUCUCCCAACAGCGUUUUGCGACCCCGCAACGACAUCUGCUGUCGUGCGAUGCUGCAGGAGAUGAACUCAUCAGACAUAAGGUCAUCCACUACAUGUAUCGCGCGGUGAUUUCGCCACUCUUCCUCAACCCAAGUAUGUCUCCCAUACAUGUAUCGGUUUGGUCUUCGGCCGUUGCUUUUCAGAUGUUCAACGCCAUUUCCAUUGGCGGAUACCUAGCAGGCUAUGGACCAACAUCACAGUUCGAAUGGGCGGCGCGGGAGGAAUGGGUGUUUGUCGGGCUCGUCAUCUGGUGCUGGGGACUCAUGGGCAACAUGUUUCACGACGACGACUUGCGCGAGAUUCGCCGAUCAGCGGACCGCAAGCAGCGCAAGGAAGCCAAGGAGCAGGGUAAGCCGGUAGAGAGUGUGGACAAGAUUUACAUGCUCCCGAAGAAUGGGCUCUUCAAAUACUCGCUGCAUGCGCACUACCUCUGCGAAUGGAUCGAGUGGGGAGGAUGGUGGAUCAUUGGGGGGUGGAAAUGCCAUCCUGCGCGCACGUUUUUGCUCAACGAGAUUGCGACGAUGCUGCCACGUGCGCUGCAGGGCAAGAGAUGGUACGAGAAGAAGUUUGGGAAGGAAAAGCUUCAAGGCCGCAAGGCGAUCAUUCCGGGCUUGGUAUAAGGUAGAGACCAGGGGCUGGGUCGGUUUGGAAAGUGAGAGUAGUAACGCUAGGAUGCAGUGCAAGGCGACGGUACACUAAUCAUGACACUGCGGUGGCUGACGAUGGCGGAGGCGAGAAUGCACACGAACACGGGCAGGGUACAUGACAAUUCAGUGGCUAAUAAAUCUAAUGGAUAGUUUGUUCU